AGACAAUUUCAACGCCUCCAUGAGCCACCACUCUCUCUUCAGCCUAAUUUGCCUAUAAAUACUGUACACAAAAGUCUACAAAUUUAAACCACCAAAGCAAAAAUAGUACUACUAUAACUGUCUUUGACACUCAAAUAUGGCUGCAAAUGUAGAGGUUUUGGAUGAUGAAGAAAGCCUUCAUGUCAGGAAUAGAAUCCAACCCCUUUCCUCCACACCCAUUUCAGGGCAUUGGAAAUCUGAGGAAGGAAAGAAGCAAACUCCAAUUACAUUGAGUGAGAGGCUGGGGUUGGAUGAGUUAUUUUCCAUAAAUGUCUGGAGGGCAGCGGUUGGGGAGCUCCUUGGCUCGGCGACUCUUGUUUUCGCCAUUGAUACCAUUGUCAUCUCUUCCUUUGAGACUGAAACCAAAACACCUAACCUAGUAAUGUCAUUCCUAAUUGCCCUUACUAUUACAAUUCUACUUCUAGCUGUGUUUCCUGUUUCCGGUGGCCACAUCAACCCCGUCGUCUCCUUUUCCGCCUGCCUUGUCGGCCUAAUCUCCGUCACACGCGCCACCAUCUACAUUCUGGCUCACUGUGCCGGUGGAGUGUUAGGUGCACUAGCAAUCAGAGCUGUCGUAAGUGGCACCAUUGAACAAACAUUUUCACUUGGAGGGUGCACUCUCACUGUCAUUGUACCGGGCCCGCAUGGGCCCAUCGUAACUGGCCUCGAGACGGGCCAGGCCCUCUGGCUCGAGAUAAUAUGUACCUUUAUUUUCCUCUUUGCUUCGAUAUGGAUUGCUUUUGAUGAACGCCAAGCAAAGGCUCUGGGCCUCGUCACUGUAUUCUCGAUUAUCGGAGUGGUGUUGGGCCUUCUCGUGUUUAUCUCAACAACGGUCACAAAAACAAAAGGCUACGCGGGAGCUGGGUUGAACCCGGCACGGUGUUUGGGCCCGGCGAUUGUUAGAGGCGGCCACCUCUGGGAUGGACAUUGGGUCUUUUGGGCUGGGCCUACAAUAGCUUGUGUGGCCUUCUAUCUGUACACCAAGAUCAUUCCACGUCAGCACUUCCAUGCCAAAGGUUACAAACAUGAUUUCUUCAAUGUUUUGAAAGCUGUGGUUUAUUCUGAUGGCAAUCAAAAGUAGAGAAAUGGAUUGUGAAGAUGAAACCAAAUCUCAAUGUUGUGUGGGCCAAUCUGAUGAUAUAAGGCCCUUGUCCUGUGGAGCUGAUGUUUACCGCCCAACAUGUUGUAUUUUAUUAUACCUAAAUUCUCUAUGUAUGUUUUUCUGGAAUUUAUGAAAAAUUAUAUAAUAUUAUAACUGA